AUGACUCUUGCUCUGACUGCCAAGCAUAAACUCUAUUUUGUUGAUGGCUCCGUUCUUCGACCACCUGCUUCCGAUCUUCUUUUUUCAUCUUGGCUUCGUUGUAAUUCCAUGGUCAUCUCAUGGAUCUUGAAUUCUGUUUCCAAGGAGAUCGCAGAUAGUCUUCUCUAUUUUUCCACUGCCUACGAAGUUUGGACUGAUCUGCAAACUCGCUUUUCUGAGGCUAAUGGACCACGAAUUUUCCAGCUGAAGCAACAAAUCUCGUCUCUCUGUCAGGGCUCUUUGGAUGUCAAUGGCUACUACACCAAGCUUAAAUCUCUGUGGGAUGAACUUCAAGACUAUGUUCCUCUUCCUUCCUGUACCUGUGGUGCUCUUCGCACGAUCCAAACACAACGCGAACAGGAUCGUGUUUUGCAAUUCUUGAUUGGACUCAAUGAUUCGUUUUCAUCGGCCUGUGCUCAACUUUUGUUGGUGGAACCUCUUCCAUCUCUUGCUAAGGUUUUUUCCUUGAUUCUACAAGAAGAGAGACAACGUCAAAUUUCUGUUUCUCUCCCUGCUUCUGCUGUUCCAGAAACACCUCCAUUUCAUCCCCUUCCUUCUGAUUCUUCUUUCCCAUCCAUGGUUGCCACCACCCAACGUCGUUCACGCCCUGUUUGUACCUAUUGUAAUAUUCCGGGUCAUACCCGUGAAAAAUGUUUUAAACUCCAUGGAUACCCGCCCGGUUAUAAACCUAAACCCAUCAGGCCCAAUUUUUCCCCCAACACACCUCAGGCCUACUCUUUCCAAUCUGUGUCUCACCCUUCCCCUAAUUUCCCUAAACCUACCUUUGCUGCUGCCUCUUCCACCACCGAUUCUCCCCUGGCUUUUACACCCACACAAUACAAUCAAUUGUUGACGCUCAUUCAACAGAGUUCUGCGGCUGGUUCUUCUUCUUCAGCUCCGUCAGUUACCACAACUACUCCUUCAAUUGCUAGCUUCAGUGGUAUGUCUCCUCGUUCUCUUCCCCGCUCUUGUUGGGUUCUUGAUACCGGUGCUACGCACCAUGUUUGCAUUUCCUCUGAUCUCUUCGUUUCUUCCGUUCCUUCUGAUUCUAUGGUUGUUUUUCCUAAUGACUCUUCUGAUUUUGUCUCCACUGUUGGUUCAGUGUGUAUUUCUGAAUCUUUUCUUUUAUUAAAUGUUUUAUGUGUUCCAUCGUUUAUGUUCAAUCUUCUUUCCAUUAGUGCCUUGACCCGUGACUCUCCUUUUUUUGCUAACUUUUCUUCUUCCCAUUGUCUUCUUCAGGACCGUGCUUCAGCAACGACGAUUGGGAUUGCUAGAAGAUACGGGGAUCUUUAUGUGCUUGAUAGUCAGAAUCUUUUUUCCCAUGUCAAUGUUCCCCCACCCCGUUGUUUUUCUUUUCAUAUUCGUUAUCCAGUCCUCUAG